UACCAGCCCCUUGCCAUCAUGUGAUUACAAGUCAGCUGACAAAAAAAACCACUCCCGCAUGCGGAAGUGAUCGUUGUGCUCGGCAAGAUGGAGGGGGCGUUGGAGCAUCAUUUAGAAGACACAAUGAAGAACCCCUCCAUUGCAGGAGUCCUGUGCACCGAUUCCCAGGGCCUCAACCUGGGCUGUCGUGGUACCCUCUCAGAUGAACAUGCAGGUGUGAUAUCUGUUCUAGCCCAGCAAGCAGCCAAAUUGACAUCUGAUCCAACAGAUAUUCCUGUAGUGUGCCUCGAAUCAGAUACUGGCAAUAUCAUGAUCCAGAAGCAUGAUGGCAUCACAGUAGCAGUACACAAAAUGGCAUCUUAACGUUAUACAUCCACAAUACUCCUUGCUCUUCAACAUUUAUGCACCUUUGUGGACUACUCUUCUACAGAUUAAUACAGGUUGAAUAUCCAGUAUCACUAGGUAGAACCUAGCUGGAUUGGACUGUAAACAUUCUCCCAAGUUGGUAUGGAAUCUUAAUUGCUCUGAACUUGUACCAUUUCAUAUUAUCAUGUGUGGAAUGUUUUCCUGUUACAUGGCUGGGGAGAGCACCUUGUCAGGUGGCCCCAAUACUCAAUAAAUCAAUAAAUAAACAAACUAGAACACACUGCUUGUUCACUAC